CCCCCAAGGGGCUGGAGCUCCGCGUGGUGGGCCGAGAGCCUGACGUGGGCUGAGUGAAGGCAGCCAUGGCUGGCUUCGUGGCCCAGUUCCACGACGAAAGCGUCUGCAAUGCGGAGCUGGUGGCCGUUGGUGCCCAGGCCCUGCGGGAGCUCGGCCAGGCCUCGCUGUACCACUUCCCUGUCAGCCUCCGGCGCCUACCGGGCAAUGUGCUGCGUGUGCGGGGCGCCUGGGAGGAUGUGGCCAAGGCCGUGGCUGCUGUCCACACCAGGAUCCAGGCUGCCCAGCGCCAGCGGGUGGAGGCCGAGGUGCUGUAUGGGCUGGUCAAGUGGCAGCACCUGGCCACGGCCGGCUGGCAUCCCUUCAAUGUGGCCACCAACCAGUGGCUGGAGACGGCGUACGCCAGCGGGGAGCGCCGGGCAGAGAUCGAUGGGGACGGGCAGUGGGUGGAGAUCGACCUUCUCAAGGCAGUGGGUGUUGCGCCGGGCACUGGGGCCCCCAUCCGCCUCCGCCGGGAGAUCUGCCUGUGGGUGGGAAUCUACGGCCAGGGCCUGUACUUCGCGGUGGAGGCUGCGCGGUCAGUGGACUACGCUAAGCCCGACGCCCAUGGGCAUCGCUUUAUGUUCCAGGUGCGGGUGCUGACGGGGCAGUUCACCCAGGGCAAGGAGGACAUGGUGCUACCCCCAGAGAAGCCAGAUGGGGGCGGCCGUUACGACAGCGUGGUCAACAUGGUCUCCCGCCCCAGCAUCUUCGUCACCUUCUUCGACGACCUCACCUACCCCGAGUACCUCAUUACCUUCCGGGGCACCAGGCCGCACCUGAACUGAGAACCGUGCUGCCCUGGGACAGGCCACGGAACCUGGGCACUGCUUGCCUGGCAGCUGAAGAAUAGCUGUGGGGCCGGGCAGCGUCAGGCGUGGAACGUGUGCACAUGUGUACUCAUGCACUGGUUGGAUUUGGAACUGCUCAGCUGCAUGUCCUUGGCCCUAUACUGCUGACAGCUAGUGGAGAUUCUCCAGAGCAUUCCCAGCAUUCACAGCUCCAGCAGAGAGAACUGACUGGGCCAUGGGAUGGGGGAGAAAGAUGAGCUGAUACACAUCCCGCUGCCCCCUCCUAGAAGGCGUGCUCGCCACUCAGCUGUGUUCCAUCAGCACAGUACAGCUGCCCACAAGUGGGGAUUCUCCAUUUGUCAACAGCUGAGGGAACGUCCGGCUUGUUUCUGGGAGGCUGUAUAAUUUCCUGUUCAAUCUCCUGGCGGUUUCAGACCUGUGGGCCUAGCUCAGGGAAGGGCAUGGCAUCUUGUCGAUCCAGCUGCACCCACGAGGAGGAGGAAUGCCGGCAGGAGAAGAGGGUUAUAAUUUCGUAUAAAUCAAACUAUUUCAGAAAAGCAGGGGGCUCUCAAGAAGUUUUCUGGAUAGGAAAAAGCUCAUUACAAUGAACAUUUUCAUUGUUUUCCAAUUUCAAUUUGUGUCUUGAUUCUGUUGUCAAAUAUCUAAAAAACAAACAAACAUUUUUGGAUUAUUUUGGUCCCCUCC